UGUGUUAGAAUUCUAAUUCACUCCUUAAUACCCAACUUUUUAGGUGAACAAGCAGUGAAAGAUGACAGAAAAAGGAGAGGAACCUUACCAAGAAGCCACAAAAGGAGAAGAGCAUUAUGAGGAAUUCAGUGAGGAUUCUGAAAACGCAGAGUACGAAAAUCUCGACGAGAUUGACUGGGUAUUAGCUUCAUCUGACUAUGCUUCUUCGAGUGCAGGCGGUUCUGCUUCAGCUGGGCUACAAGCAACAUCGCAGCCAAAUAGCAAAACAAAAGUAGCUAAGGGACAGGAUCGUGUCUCAACACUGAGUCGUUAUAUGGAUAAUAUGAAUGUGAAAGAUCAUUUCGAUGGAGGUGAAAAAGCCAAUACAAAAGACAAAAGCGAUAGGGCUACAUCUGAACAAGUACUUGAUCCUCGAACUCGGAUUAUUCUGUUAAAAUUAAUUAACAAUGGAACUAUUUCGGAAAUUAAUGGCUGUAUAAGUACCGGUAAAGAGGCAAAUGUUUAUCAUGCUGUCAACGAGGAAGGGAAACAUCUCGCUGUCAAAAUCUUCAAAACCUCAAUUCUUGUAUUUAAAGAUAGAGACCGUUAUGUAUCUGGUGAAUUUCGCUUCCGCCAUGGCUACAACAAAAGAAAUCCAAGAAAGAUGGUGAGAGUUUGGGCGGAAAAAGAAAUUAGAAAUUUGAAGCGAGUCUAUGCAGCAGGUAUUCCUUCCCCUGAGCCCCUUCUGUUAAAGCAUCAUGUUUUAGUAAUGUCCUUUUUGGGUGACAAAAAGGGUUGGCCUUAUCCAAAACUAAAGGAUGUAGACGUUACUGCGGAGGAGGCUACAAAGCUCUACAGUAUGGUUGCAAGAUACAUGCGUAUAAUGUAUCAAGUUUGCCAUCUUGUACAUGCCGAUUUGUCAGAGUACAAUAUGCUUUAUCAUAAAGGAAAAGUUUUUUUGAUUGACGUUUCUCAAUCUGUCGAGCAUGAUCACCCUGGAAGUUUCGAGUUUUUGAGAAUGGAUAUCUUGAAUGUCACUUCAUUUUUCAAGCGCUUUGAAGCAGAUUGCUUGUCCUUGCCAAGUCUAUUUAAGUUUGUAACUGAAAAUGGCAGCGUUGAAAAACAAGAUAUGAAAAAACGUUUAGAAGAGCUUAGGGAAGGAGACCACGAUCCCGAUGAAGAUCACGAAGAAGAGUUUUUGAAAACAUAUGUACCACGGACGUUGGAAGAAGUUUACGAUAUUGAUCGUGAUACCCAGUUGGUAGAGGAAGGACGUGGAGAAAGUCUAGUAUAUAAACAUUUAUUGAAUACUGGUGUAAAAGAAAGUAGUGAGGAGCAUACGAAUACUUCAUACCCCAACAAUGACCCAACUUCCGCUUCAGAAAGCGAAGCCUCAGACGCGUCUGGUUCAGACGAUGAAAACAAUUCUAAUUCUUUCGAGAAAGAUGAUUAUGCCAGUAAAGAUAAUGGCGGUCGUGAAAAAGAAAGUGCAGAAGAAAAACGCGCUCGCAAACAAAAAGUAAAAGAAGAAAAAGCGGAGAAAAGGAAAACGAAGAUAUCAAAAUAUGAGAAAAAGCGCAAAGUGAAACAAACAGGUCGCAAAAAGUAAGCUUGAUUAUAUUUUGUUUGUUUCUGUUUAUUUUUGGGUAGUGGAUAAAGGAUAUAAUAAUACAUUGUUAUUCUAUUUCGGAUA